CCCUAAAAGUUUGCCUGUAGUAUUGCGCUUUCUUGGUUGACCUGAUAUUUGAUCUAUUUCAAACUGGAUUUCAAGUGGUAUCGAGAUUUUAAAACAAAAUAGAGAAUCUUCUGGACGGUCUCAUCACAGCUCCAACAUUUGCCUCAAGUUUUACAAAGGUUGCUCUCAACUUCCUGGCGGGCAAACAGCGUAUUAGCCAGCGUGCUUGAAUUUACUUGGGACCCCCUUUGUCAUCCAGCAAAGGGGAGGAGAAUACGUGACACCAAUCAUGGAUCCAGCAGCAAUACCAGCAGCGUCAGUGGAGACGGAGGAUACAAACAUGACGGAAGGGGGAGGAGCCGGACCAGCAGCAGCAAACACAGACACAAACACAAACGCAAACACAAGCGGGAGCGGGAGCGGGAGCGGGAAUGGGGGUGGCAAACAACAGCAACAAGUCCAACAAUUUGAAAACACCACAAUUUCAAACCUCAAACUGGAACCUGCCAGCUCCCCCGCACCUUUCCUCGACGACUACACAAACAACAGCAACGCAGCCCCAGGAGCACCACAUUCAUCCAGGAAUAGCAACAACGGCACGCCGCAGCCUUCACAACCAACAGCAGCGACCAUGCCCCCAAAGAGGAAGAAGAAGGGCACCGCCACGACCGUCAAGGCAACUAAGAAGGGCGGUCCAUCACGUGCCAAGUCCAAAAAGGGUGGCGCGAAGAAGGGCGGCGCCACCGCCAAAAAGACGCCCGCGGCAGGGAAAACAGCAGCCACCGGCGUAGACGAUGAGGGUAAUGACAACGAAGACGAAGACGCGGGCUCGGACUCGGACGACGACGAGUCGGACCACGGACCCUACUGCCUGUGCCGCGGGCCCGACGACCACCGCUGGAUGAUAUCGUGCGAGGCCUGCGAGGAUUGGUUCCACGGCGAGUGCGUCGACGUGUCCAAGGACGUCGGCGAGACGCUCAUUCAGAGUUACAUUUGCCCCCGCUGCACCGUGCCCGGUAAGCUUGUCACCCGCUACAAGAAGACGUGCGGGCUCGGCGGCUGCUCCCAGCCCGCUCGCAUCUCGGCCCCGACCGUCAAGGCGGGAGCUCCCAACAGCGCCUUUUGCUCCCAGGACCACUGCAACGUCUGGUGGGAGCAGCUGGUCGCCACAUUACCCCGCAAGGAAGGCGACAAGGGCCGCGUCGGGCUGACGCAGGCCGAGUUCAUGGGUCUGCUGGCCACCAAGGGAGGAGCGGGCAAGACGGCACCCGCAGAAGCAGCAGCGGCAGGGAAUGGCUGGUUCGUGGGACAAAAGCCUUUUGCCGUACCCGCCGAUUUCUGGUCCCAGCACGAACCCAAAGAGAUUCUCACCGCCGAAGAGGCCGAGCUGCUGGCCACGUCGUCUGCCUCGCGCCGCGCCCUGGCCGACGAGGUCGUGCUGUGCCGCAAGAUGCUGCAGCUGCUCGAGAUGGCUGUGGCGCAGCGCCUCGAGGCCGUCGCGGCCGGUCGCCUCAAAAAGGACGGCGGGUGCGGCUACGACACGGCCCUGGACCACGUCGGCGCCCUGGCCCAGUUCGCCGCCUUUGUCACGUCGCCCGCCGGACAGGCCAUAUUCACAGCCAACAAGCUCGAGAGCACGGCGUACGACGGCGAGGAAGCCGGCGGCGGUGGAGCCAACACCACCACCCUCGGUCCUUGGACGAACCCGGGUGAGGUCGAGCGCACCUACAUGUGCGAGCGGCAUCGGUGCAAGCCGCACUACAACUGGCACGCCAGCCACGCGAGGCACGUUCACUUUCUGCUCAAGGAGCUUGCCGCAGAGGCCAAGCUUAAGCUGGACAAUGAGAACCGGGUGCGGGACAAUGCGGCGGUGCGGUAUUUUCGCAAGAGGGCUGAGGCGAGCACGGUGAUCAGCUUUGAUGACGAGAGCGAUGAAGAUGGAGAUGUGACUAUGGACAUGUGAAACCUCGUCGAUCUCAUGGGGUCAUGGGUUUCACUUCUUUUUUCAUAAUGAGUUUUUAACCUCUUGGCCUUUUUACUGCCAUCUUGACCAUAGAAAGCUUUAUUAAUACAUGUGGCUCAUGUAAACUGUUAUUCCGGCCACGGUCACGCUAGAUUUGAUCCGGGUAUACCAUCGCCAGCCCGACUGUGUUUUUGAUUAGCCGA